GUGGCUAAACCCUCCCUUUUGACUGUCUGGGGAAGGAAAACUCAUAAUCUCAGCUCUUAACAAACAAAGAGAUAGAUAUUGGGAGAGAUCGGCAUGGGAGAUGGCAAUACAAGCAGCAGAGGCGGCAAUUCCAAUAGCAGCAAUCGGCCAGAGUGGCUGCAACACUACGAUUUAAUCGGAAAAAUUGGGGAAGGUACUUACGGUUUGGUUUUCUUGGCUAAGAUCAAAGCUAACCGCUCCAAAUCUAUUGCUAUCAAGAAGUUCAAGCAAUCUAAAGACGGCGACGGCGUUUCUCCCACCGCCAUUCGCGAAAUCAUGUUGCUUCGGGAGAUUACCCAUGAGAAUGUUGUAAAGCUUGUCAAUGUUCAUAUCAAUCAAGCUGAUAUGUCCCUUUAUCUCGCUUUUGACUAUGCCGAGCAUGACCUCUAUGAAAUUAUUAGACAUCAUAGAGACAAGGUCAAUCAGGCAAUCAAUCAGUACACAGUCAAGUCCCUUUUAUGGCAACUGCUUAAUGGCCUCAAUUAUCUUCACAGUAAUUGGAUUAUACACCGAGACCUAAAGCCAUCAAAUAUCUUGGUAAUGGGUGACGGAGAGGAACAUGGAGUUAUUAAAAUCGCUGAUUUCGGCCUUGCAAGAAUUUAUCAGGCUCCAUUGGAACCAUUAGCUAAGAAUGGGGUGAGACACACUUGUUAUUGCAACUAUAGCUUCUCCAUCUCUCCUUUUUGGUUUAGCUUGUAAUUGCAACUAUGUGCG